UAUCUAUAUAUUUACCUCACCUCACCCUCACCUCACCUUUACUUUCCUUUCCUUUCUGCUCUUUCCUCAACCCGAAACCCUAGAUUCCAUCAUUCUAACUCCCCCAAACUUGUAAUUGUUGCUCUACCUCGUAAUCAAGUGGAAUCAGUGAAACCCGUAUGGCUGAAGUUGAUCAGAACACAGGUGAACAUGACGCGGAGCAAAUAAUUGAGAACUCUGUAGAGCCCGAACAAAACGAAGGGCAGGUUGAGGAGCCUGUUGGUGUUGCUGAGCCUGAGAAGAAAUGGCCAGGGUGGCCCGGGGAGAGUGUGUUCAGGAUGUUAGUUCCUGCUCAGAAGGUUGGGGGUAUAAUUGGACGUAAAGGAGAGUUUAUUAAAAAAAUUGUAGAGGAGACACGAGCUCGUAUUAAAAUUCUUGAUGGUCCCCCCGGAACUGCAGAGAGGGCUGUAAUGGUAUCAGCCAAAGAGGAGCCCGAUUCUUCCCUUCCUCCUGCUGUGGAUGGCUUAUUGAGGGUUCAUAAACGGAUUAUUGAUGGUUUAGAGAGUGAUUUUACCCAUGCUCCUUUGGGUGUGGCAGGCAAGGUUUCUACAAAACUACUAGUGGCAGCUUCACAAGCAGGAAGUUUAAUUGGGAAACAAGGAGGAACUGUAAAAUCUAUCCAAGAAGCAUCAAAUUGUAUAGUCAGAGUUCUUGGAGCAGAAGACCUGCCUAUUUUUGCUCUUCAGGAUGACAGGAUGGUUGAAGUAGUAGGGGAUCCCACUGGAGUGCAUAAGGCAGUGGAGCUUAUUGCAUCCCAGCUUAGGAAGUUUUUAGUUGAUCGCAGUGUAAUACCAAUUUUUGAAAUGAAUAUGCAAAUGGCUAAUCCCCAUCAUGUGGAGCACAUACCACCCCACCAAUCAUGGGGUCCACCUCAGGGUCUUCCUCCAAAUGCUGGUGGAGGUCCUGGUUUUGGACCUACUCAAUACAUGCCACCUCCUCGACAACUUGAUAGUUACUAUCCACCAGCUGAGAUGCCUCCUCCUCCGGUGGACAAACAGCCCCAUCACGGUAUAUCUGCCUAUGGAAGAGAUGCUUCAAUAGGUGUUCAUGCAUCUUCAAAUACGCAAUCUGCACCUUCCAUAGUCACACAGAUCACACAGCAAAUGCAAAUUCCUCUAUCUUAUGCUGAUGCUGUUAUUGGAACAGCUGGGACAAGCAUAAGCUACAUUAGACGAGUUAGUGGGGCUACUGUUACCAUACAAGAAACGAGAGGUGUUCCAGGGGAGAUGACAGUUGAAAUUAGUGGAACUGCUUCUCAAGUCCAAACAGCGCAGCAAUUGAUACAGAAUUUUAUGGCUGAAGCUGCAACACCAGCACAGCCACAAACAGGUGGGCCUGCUCCAGACCAAGGAUACAAUUCUUACCCGGCUCAUGGUUCUGUCUAUGCUUCUCCACCUUCCAAUCCAGGACAUGCUGGAGGCUAUGGCUCAGUUUAUGGUGCAAAUUAUGGGUACUAAGCUCAGCAGUGCAACUAAAGCUGCCAUAAUUGAAAUGUAGAAUGCUGGGAACAGAUUUAUGUAAUAACUUAACAAAUAUUAGGACACUGCUAAUGCUUUGUUUCUGAAUUAUAUAAAAAUUGUGAUUUGUGUAUGACACUAUUGUUCCGUUUGUAUUGGUAGUCAUCUGGAAAGGUUAAAUUAUUCGUGGUCUUCUGAUGUAUUAUUAACUUUUUAUAUGAAUCGAUAUAGUUGGUGCA